CUGCAGACACACAAUAUGUUAAUCAACUUUAAAUUAAGUCGUGUGAUUGCUAUGCUGCUCGUAGUAGCAAUUUUUCUAACCUAUAGCUGGCUCUUGCUAUGGUCAACAAAGACUGCAUUACAAACAAACCGGAAAAACAAAGCCGGCCAAGAUGAGGUUCCGGUUAUAAACGUGAUAAAGGAAGAUAGUUAUGUGCAGCAGAAAACUCAAAACCUUAAUAAAGGAAAGAGGUUUGAUUUAGGAAGAGUAAAUCAUUCGCAUCCUCGGGAGGAGAUACAGCAGAACAAUAAAUGCGGACAUCAACUUGAUGCUUCUCAAACACGGUGGUUUAGAGCACGGUUUAACCCAGAAAUUGAACCUGUGUGGACACAGAGCGCACUGGAGAUUGAUUACUUGGUAUAUGACUGGUGGCUAUCGCUGCAGUCAAGCGAAGCAGAGAAUCUGGACAAAACGUUCGAAGCAUUGUACAAAGAAGGCGUGCCAAGGAAAGAUCCAUUUGCUAGACUAACUCAUGACAGAGAGGCUGGCUGUAGAAGUUGUGCUGUGGUUGGAAACUCUGGUAAUAUACUCAACUCAAACUAUGGAAAUGAAAUAGACGGACAUGAUUUUGUCAUUCGUAUGAACAAAGGUCCUACCUAUAACUAUGAAAAUGAUGUGGGUUCAAAAACAACACACAGAUUUAUGUAUCCUACAACUGCUGCAAGCUCACUGCCUCAAGGAGUCAGUUUGGUACUGGUGCCAUUUCAACCACUGGACAUUAAAUGGCUUCUCAGUGCUUUAACCACAGGAGAAAUAACAAGGACCUACCAACCGCUGGUUAGGCGAGUUACAUGCGACAAAUCAAAGAUUACCAUCAUUAGUCCUACAUUCAUACGCUAUGUACAUGACCGAUGGACUCAGCACCAUGGGAGGUAUCCCUCCACAGGAUUGUUGGCACUUAUAUAUGCACUACACGAGUGUGAUGAAGUUGAUGUGUAUGGAUUUGGAGCUAACAGAGCGGGGAACUGGCACCAUUACUGGGAGGACUUGCCCCCCCAUGUGGCGGGGGCUUUUCGUAAAACUGGCGUCCAUGAUUCAGCGCAAGAAAAUGAGAUUAUUGACCAGUUACAUAUACAUGGACUGCUAAGGGUACACAGGUCGGAACAAUCGUCAUAGCAUAGUUUCAAAACAAUUAGCCCUCCUCAUGUUUAAGGAAACAUGCAAUGCUGCCUAUAUUUGAAAUAAUCAAACAUAUACGUGAAUAGUCAUGCAGUGUAUCAAUGAUAUGAACCACAGUACAUCUGUAUACAUUAUGUAGAGAAUGGUUUAUAAAGCUGUGAUAAGAAGCCUUCAAGCCUGUAUUUUGUGACUCACAAGCAAAUGUAGGCUAAGUUAUUUUAAACUGCAUAACUUAAUAUCUAAAAUUUUUGGUGAAAGUGCAGCAUGAAGGAUAAACAUAUGAAACUUGGACAGUCGGUAUACUUUGAUACAGUGAAUAAAUAAUGCAUAUUGUA